GCGCUGCCGCUGCUGCUGCUGCUGCUACAACUGAUGCUGUACCCCGUCGCCCCUCUCUCUUGAGCUGAGCUCUGGUGGUGGCCUGGGUCCUGGUUCGCUCUAGUCUGCUGCUGCUCUGUUGUGUUGGUGAACUACUCUCCCUCCCUCCCUCCAUCCCUCCAUCUCCCUCACUCACUCGACUCUCUCCUUCCCUCCCUCUGGCCCUCCUUCCCUCCACUCUCUCACUGGCUGGCUGGCUCUGGCCGAGCUGCUUCUGCUGCUGCUGCCGGGCCUUCUGUUUCUUGUGCGUGGGUGUGUGUGGCCACUUCUCGAGUGCCCAGCAGUGAUCCUCGAAUUUCAACUUAGGUUUUCGAAUCGAGCUCCGGAGGGAGUGACGAGUGAGGUGAGGUUCAGGACCGCGUGCGCAUUCGGUGGUCGUCUUCCUCACUGGCUCCUGUCGUGCUGUGCCAUUCAUUUAUGUUUUGUUGUAAUUUUUAUCGGUCCCCACGGUUGGCUGUGCGACGAGGGAAAGCUGAAUUUCAGCUCGAGGUCCGUGUCCAAUGGAGGAGCCCAGGGGCUGACGUUGGUAAUCAGUAGGGUCGAGUGUCUGGAGGAGAUUUGGUGGAUGGUCCGGAGCACUGACUGCGUCCUGCAGCCGGCGGCCAGUAGAUAGUGAAAAUGGGGAAGCUGAUGAGCCUCGCGAACGCAUUCUGCGACGAGAGAUGGUGAGGAGAAGUUGCCGACGCAGAACUCCGGGGAGGAAUGAGGUGGUGAUACAGGGAAUGGAGAUCUGGCCUGCAUUGAGAAGAUUUGAAGGCCUGUUUGGCAGGAAUCUCGUCGCGUAGAUUUUGCAAGGAAGGUGUAGGCGUCGGUGCAGGAGCAAGAUUGGAUCACUGGGCUGUGAGGGGUGUCGUGAUACAAUGUGCGGCCAAACGGUGGGACUUUCAAUAUUUUCCAGCUGUGAGUAAAGUCGGACAGCGGUAGCAGGAUUGGGAAGGCAGCAUUCUCCGGAUGUGUGGGAAGAGUAUAGGAGAAUGGAAGGGCGGGGAGGACCCUCAUGCUGCCCGGGGGUCCCAGCAUUUUUGAUCGGCGCUUCGAUUGCGUCUGACGGUGGUAGGCUUUUACACAACUCUUUUGCGCUGCCGGACGAACGAGGAGAGGUGACCAAGGAUAGAGAAAUAUUGCUUCGUAACAACAGUGAUGUCGCCGUGCACAUUCCGUCAGAUCAGGAAGGGCCCGAGUCCGUCGAGGGCCGAGCAGACUCCCGAGAUGACGAUGGAAGCUCAAUGCAAAAAUCGAGCUGCUGCUGCAACAUGCACGCUCCGGGACUGGCAUACGUUGAGCGAGCCGGGCGUCGUCUCCUGCACCACAUUGUGUGCGAUCCUCUUCUCACCACAAGGAUUACUAUCAUGGCCAUGCUGGCGAUGCUGAUAACGGUGAUGACUGUACUUACAUGGUAUUUUUCGACCACCCAUGCGGAAAAGUCAGUCAGUACAGUGGCAGACGCUUUGCGGAGCGAGCUUCUAGCGAGGACGGAGGACACCACCACCGCUUUGCUACAAAAUAACAACGUGUCCACGACGGCCCUCGCGAGGAUUCUCAGCUCCCCUCUGAUUACGAGCAACUUCUCGUCUUUUGCAACUUUGCAAGCGCAGGUUGCGCCGAUCUUGUUCUCUGCCUACUCAGUCAUCCCUCAAAGAAGCCUCGUCUCCUUUUUUGGCAAAAAUGGGUUGUUCAUUUCAUACUCUGCGGAAUUCAAUGGCACGUCUAUGGUGUUUGCUAAUUCGACUAUUUUGCGACCGGGAACGACCUCCACUGCUGUUGCUCCUGCACCUCCCAGGGAAUCGGAUGAGACUCUGGCCGCAAGCAGUCCGUGGUAUCAGUGGUAUCGUCAGUCGGUUGACUCCUCGACCGGCUUACCCACGGGACCAGCUACAUCUAUAACGCCGGUUUCAUAUUGGGCUGUAGAUCUUUUCAAUGAGACUUGGAACAAUCGCAAAGGAGGGUCGUCUUGGGGCGUUCUAGCUGCUCGAACGAAGGAUCUUCUGUUUCUCUCAUUAGCUCCUGUCAAGCCGAGCUCUGAUGGAGAUGCAGUCGGAGUUGCGGGUGUUGGGUUCUCAGCGUCCGAGAUCCGGACCUUCUUCGACUCGCUCAAUCUCCAGGGAGGAGACAUGUACAUCACCACCGACGAUGGUAGGCUUCUGGUGCAAACCAAUGUGGCAGUUGACUAUGAAAUUGGCGAGGCUGGGAACCCGCUGCUUCCUCUGGCCUCCAGCUCCAAUAACUCGGUGGUUGCAGGAGCUGCCAAAUAUCUAUCCGGAGUUUUGGGUAGUAACGGAACCCAGUCGUUCCAGGCUAGCAAUGUGAAAAUUGAUGGCACGCUUUACGUUCUCAAUAGUGCCCCUGUUCAAGUCGCGCAAAGCACCCUGGUCGUUGUGGUAUUAAUUCCACGGGAUAGUGUGUGGGGGCCAAGUGACAAGCGAAGUCAUACUAUCCUCGCACUGCUGCUUAUUCUUGCUAUUUGCGUUGGUCUCGUGGGCUGCUUUUUCAUCGUACUUUUGACGAAAGGAGUAAGCAAUGAGAUGCGCCUACGUGCAGCUCUUAUUCAGCAGUUGGAGGCCACUAAACAAGCCGAGAACAAGAGCAGUCAUAAGAGCAUUGUAUUUGCCAGUAUGAGUCAUGAUUUGAGGACCCCUCUUGCUGCCAUUCUGGGUCUCAUCGACCUUUGUUUGUGCGAUGCCAUGGAGAUGUCAGAACUGGAAUCGAACCUGUCUCAAAUGAAGUCUUGUGCUACGAAUCUUCUGGGAAUUCUGAACUCCAUUCUGGACAUGAGUAAGAUCGAAGCUGGGAAGCUUCAACUGGAAGAGUCAGAGUUCGAUCUGUUAGAUGUGCUCGAGGAAGCGGUGGAGAUGUUCGCUGUUGUGGGCAUGAAGAAAGGACUAGAUGUCGUUCUUGAUCUCCCAGAUGAUUCAAUUGAGAAGUCAUCACGUGUUUGGGGAGACGCGGGUCGGGUCAAACAGCUUCUGUCCAACUUAUUGAGUAAUGGUGUGAAGUUCACAAGUUCAGGGCAUGUGGUAUUGCGAGCGUGGCAAAAGCCCGUAAUACCUGCCAGCUUGGGCGCCAGCCAGGUUCAAGGGGGAGGAGUGUUCGGAUGCUUCUAUGGCUGGUUUUGGAGGUGCUUCAAUGAGCGGGAGAAGACGUAUGCGCAUAUGGACGAAGAGGAGGUUUGUGCCAGUGGAAAUCUUGUCGAGUACGAGUUCGAGGUUGAUGAUACUGGUAAAGGUAUUCCCCGGGAGAGGCGAAGAGCAGUUUUUGAAAAUUUUGUCCAGGUGGAUUCGACCGUUCCUCGUACACAUGGCGGUACCGGUCUCGGACUUGGCAUCGUUCGAUCACUGGUCCGAUUGAUGGGAGGUGAUAUUAACAUUAUCGACAAAGAUGAACCGGGAGAACCUGGAGCCCGAUUCAAGUUCAACUUGUUAUUUCAGCGUCAUCCGGAAUCUACACCUGCUAAUGGACAUCCCUUUAGUCCCGCACAUUUUAAUGUGAAACCUCAAGAUACCGUAGGUGUACCCAGUAGAUUUGGAUUGGCGUCUCCGGGUGUAGGAUAUCAUAAAGAUCAGAUAGACUCUUCGGAGAAACCAGCAACACCGAUUUCGCUGGCAAACCCUUCUUGUUAUAGCCCUCCAACCCCCGAAGGGGUGCAUGUGUUGCUAGCCAUGCAAGGGCACGCAGGAAGGAAAGUGGCAAAGCAGUGGAUGGAGCGGCGAGGUUUACAUGUCUGGACCGUAAGUCAUCCUGAAGACUUUUUGGAUACGCUGGAGAAGAUCAAGUUCGAAGUGUUCUAUGAAGAAAGUUUUAGCUGGUCAGAUUGCUUCGAGAUCUCCCCAGGCAACCAGGCUUAUGAAUCAUGGGUCGAUGAUUCCAGCCAGCCUCCGGCAGGUGAGCUGAGUGGCACUCCAAGCAGCAGUUACAUGAAAAAGUACGGAGACAGAGUUGGACCACGACUCCUGAUCGUAAUCGAUACGGCCAUGGUGUCAAGCUUCUUGGAUCAGUUGUGUGUCAGCCUAACCAACUCGCUGACACAAGCAGACAUCGCUCAGGUGUCGAAGGUUGUUUGGUUGGUCACACCCAACACUCCCAGCUCCGUUCUUCAAACUCUGAAACAGGGCACAGUACCGUGUGACCUUAUGCUGCACAAACCUUUGAAUGUGUCACGCUUGCGAAUUAUAUGGGAGCAGGUACAACUGCUCAUGCACAAUAGGGAUCUGGAUACAAAACCCUCCCCGAAUUAUACAGUUAGCCGGGGUGAGAGUCCACUUACUGUAAGUCAGCCUUUAGUCCCUUAUCCAAGCCCGAUGCACGAUGGUGGAUCUGAAAUAGAUUCUAAAGAGGGCUCCACCACAGAUUUGCCCACUACACUAGGUAGAGAUCAUCUCGUAGGCAGAAAUGUGAGGGGUGACCAAUCAGCAAUGCCGACUCCGAGCAGAACGACGAGUGGAGGAGUAGACGGCAUUCACGCGGAGGGCCUGCUUCCCGUUCACACUUCGAGUAGCCCCAGCCCAGAUGUUGGACCUUUCCCGAGGGUGCGAUCCAGGGAAACGGAUAUAAUGGGGCCUCCCAAUUCACUGAAAGGCAUGCAUAUUCUUGUGGCCGAAGAUAACCCCGUCCUUCAAAGACUUACCAAAACGACUCUGGUACGGUUGGGGGCAAGCGUCGAGUGUGUGGACAACGGUCUCGAGGCAGCGCAGCUGGUUCUGGCCAAUCUUCCGAGGAAAACCUCAAGUAGAUCCGCAUCAUUUGGAAGCUUCAGGCGGUUGAGAAGUCUCUCGAGGGAGCAUGUGGAAGAAGAAAAUGCUCCUCCUAAAAGGAGACCUUUCGACAUGGUGUUGAUGGAUUGUCAGAUGCCGGUUCUCGAUGGGUAUGGAGCAACCCAACGAAUCAGGGAGCAGGAGAAGUUGCUUGGGUUUCGAACGCCUGUAAUUGCUCUAACUGCGCAUGCAAUGGCGAAGGAUGAGAGCAAGUGUAUUGAAGCGGGCAUGGAUUUUUACCUCACCAAGCCUCUGGCUACCAAAGCCUUACUGAACGUGGUCGCAAAGAUCAAUGCAGGCAACCGACCUAGUUAAGAAAACGCACUUCAACCCUUAUUGGAGAUAAAUUGUUUGGGUUGUGAAAUACGAUACCUUGGUAGUUUUGAAAUACCAGUUCAGAUGUAUAGGAAUGUCGGACCAAGAUACCCAAGACCGAGGGCAGAAUCGAUUCAAGGCCUUAUUGGUGCUGUAAGUAAUUUACCAGGUCAUGACGAAGGAAAAUGUAAGAUGGAUGGAGCUGGUGAGCAAAGGGUACCCGGGUAUGUGAAACUUCGAUCCACAUUCAUAGAAAUUGGUCCCAACUAAUGUGAUUAUUUUUUGCCUGUGUUAGUGCACACAGGUGCAGUGUAAAACAAAUUUUCUCAGUCAGAGUAAAACUGUAAUCACCGCCAUGUUCUUGAGGAAUGGCAACCGGCUUUAGGAUUGAUCGAUAUUAUGAUGAGUAGGGAGGUGCCUGGAUUGUCGAAGACAAACUGGACACAUUUGCAUCAGCUUUCAAAUUUCCAAUUGAGGGUGUACACACAGCUUGCAAUUGGCUUGCAAUUGCUGGCAGGAAACAAGUAAUCUUUGUCGACUGUCAUCAUAUAAUGGAUGUGCAAACAGAGCUGAUCAAAUAGGAGUAAUUGG